UGUCCGAUGAGCGUAUGUUGCGUCGUCUCGAAUAUUCCUGCUUCGUUUCAUUCCGCUGAUCUGCGUUCGUUUUUUUCUCAUUUUACAGAGAGUAAGAGUUUUCACUGUUUUCAUUACAAACACAGACCAGAGAUACGACAAAAGGUUAGUUUCACUUCAGAAAACUCAACAGACGACACGACCGCUCAGGAACGAGGUGACGUGCUUUGUGGGGAGCAGACUAAGUCAUGCUGUUGUGUAAUAAAAGUAGAUGAGAGCCAGACAAAAGAACUAUUGCGUGUGUAUGAUGGGAAACACUGGGUGGACAGGAAAGGAACGUAUCUUCGCAACAAAGUGAAGAUAUCACGGCUUAGACUGAUAGACGAUGCAAACACGGACGAUGAUGUGUCGGCGUCUGGAGGAGAUGUAACUCUAAAAUCAUCUGAUUGUGAGAGACUGCCGGAAUUGAACCCUCCUGCCAAUCUGAUGCCACAGGGCAAUGUUGGAACUCCAACUUCGUAUUUUCUUGCUCUCAUUCAAGCCUGUCGUUUUCCUCCUAAGCUAAUUGGACAUUUGGGAUUGGUGUUUAGCAAGAGUAAACGUAGGAAAUAUGGUGCUGUUCCGUUAGAUUACAGCAAGCUUGAUGCCCAAGUUGGUGGUCAUUGUGAAGAUGAAGAUAAGGGUGAUGGUAGUGAUGCCCUAGAUACUCACUUUUCAGACAGUCAAUCUUCUCCUCUUGAUUUAUUAAACUGUCGGACAGCACACGGUCAUCUCAUUAGGGAUGAUGUUGUAGAUUUCAAGCUACAGGGUGAAAAGUCGGUUGAUGAAAACGACAUGAAGGAUGAUGUGAUUAUUGGUGAAGACAGUGAUGGUGAUGCUGAGGAAUGGGACAGACAUGAAGCACUUUAUGAUGAUGUCGACACUCAGGGUCGUAGCAAAGAACGAUUAUAUGAAGAAGAGAUUGAAUUAAAGUGGGAGAAGGGAGGAAGCGGAUUAGUUUUUUAUACCGAUGCUGCUUAUUGGGAUCAACUCGAAGGAGACUUUGAUGAAAAGACAAGUGAUGACUGGGAUGUGGACAUGAGCGUCUACUAUGAACCAGGUGCCGGUGACAAGGACUCUAGAGACUUCGUACAAAUGAGAUAUGAGACAAGACAGAGACAGGGAAAGAACUUGCCUGAUUGGCAUGGUAUUGGAGGCUUUGAAAAACAUACCAAGGGCUUCGGCGGACGAGUGAUGAGAAGUCAGGGCUGGGAAGAAGGGCAAGGAUUAGGGCGACAAUCUAGAGGUAUUGCAACACCACUGGAAGCUGAUGGGCAACUUCCUCGUAACAAGAAAGGUUUAGGUUAUCAGGGUGAGAAGCUGGAUCGAAUGCAGGGUCGAAAGCGUCACCGAGCCGAGGGUGGAGUGUUUCUGUCUACCAUUUAUGACCACAAAGAUGAUCCAGACUCACUGUUGAGAUUACGCGGUCCAGCAGCUUUGAAAUAUCGGAAAUCCUUUAACUUCAAGUCAAGAAAAACAAUAGAGUCAGGCUCUCAAUAAACA